UUUCUAGUCACUGCUCAGCUAUGGCCAGUCUGCUGCGGGCUACUGCGACCUGGAGGCUGUUUCCCUGGAGGGGCUACUGCUCCAGGGUAAGGCAGGGCAAACUCAGCAAGGACUUUGUGGAGACUCUGAAGGCAGUUGUGGGCAGCCCCCACGUGUCUACUGCUGCUGCAGUCCUACAACAACAUGGGCACGAUGAGUCGAUGUACAGGUGCCAACCUCCGGACGCCGUGGUAUGGCCCCAGAAUGUAGAGCAGGUCAGCCGGCUGGCUGCCCUGUGCUACAGCCAAGGCGUGCCCAUCAUCCCCUUUGGCACAGGCACUGGGCUUGAAGGUGGAGUCUGUGCUGUGCAGGGUGGUGUCUGCAUCAAUCUGACCCACAUGGACCGAAUCCUGGAGCUGAAUCGAGAAGACUUCUCUGUGGUGGUGGAGCCCGGUGUUACCCGCAAAGCGCUCAACACCCACCUACGGGACAGUGGCCUCUGGUUUCCUGUGGACCCAGGUGCAGACGCCUCUCUCUGUGGCAUGGCAGCCACUGGGGCCUCAGGCACAAAUGCUGUGCGCUAUGGCACCAUUCGGGACAAUGUGCUGAAUCUGGAAGUAGUGCUGCCUGGUGGGGAGCUGCUUCACACUGCGGGCAAGGGCCGUCAUUUCCGGCUUCUGACUAGAAAUUCAUUGUCACGUGGCCUGGGCACUUACCUUCCUUGUGUGUCUCUGGGGCCCAGGAAGAGCGCAGCUGGCUACAACCUCACAGGGCUCUUUGUGGGCUCUGAGGGGACACUGGGCCUCAUCACAGCCGCCACCCUGCGCCUGCAUCCUGCCCCUGAGGCCACGGUGGCCGCCACCUGUGCGUUCCCCAGUGUCCAGGCAGCUGUGGAUAGCACUGUACACAUCCUCCAGGCUGCAGUGCCCGUGGCCCGCAUUGAGUUCCUGGAUGAGGUCAUGAUAGACGCCUGCAACAGGUACAGUAAAAUGAACUGCUCCGUGGCACCCACGCUCUUCCUCGAGUUCCAUGGCUCCAAGCAAGUGCUGGAAGAGCAGCUGCAGCAGGCAGAGGAGAUCACCCGGUACAAUGGAGCCUUCCACUUCUCCUGGGCCAAGGAGGCUGAGGAGCGCAACCAGCUCUGGGAUGCUCGGCACAAUGCCUGGUACGCAGCCCUGGCCCUGCGGCCGGGCUGCAAGGGCUAUGCUACUGACGUUUGUGUGCCCAUCUCUCGGCUGCCGGAGAUCCUGGUGCAGACCAAGGAGGACCUGAAGGCCUCAGGGCUCACAGGAUCCAUUGUUGGACACGUGGGAGAUGGCAACUUCCACUGCGUCCUGGUGGUAGACCCAGAGGAUGCUGAGGAGCGCCGCAGGGCUCAGGCCUUUGCACAACAGCUGGGCAGGCGGGCACUGGCACUCCAUGGGACGUGCACUGGGGAACAUGGCAUUGGGCUGGGCAAGCGGCAGCUGCUGCAGGAGGAAGUGGGUAAUGUGGGCAUAGAGACCAUGCGGCAGCUCAAGGCCACACUGGAUCCCAAAGGCCUCAUGAACCCAGGGAAGGUGCUGUGAGGGGCUCCAAGCACUUGGCCCAGAAGCCCUCAGACAAUAGAACAUCCUGUCUGGACUCUUUCUUCUGCCACAGAAUAGCUCAGCCUUUGCCUCUUAUCUGGAGUCCCAGAUAAGGCCAGAGGAGGGGAGAGAAGCCUGAAGGCCUGGCUCCUCCCUGGCCCUCUUGCUGUCCCUUGAAGCCUUUGGUCUAGUAAAUGGCUCAGGUUCAUUCCUGGUGAAGCUGCUUCCUCUCUGCUCUCUUACAUAUCCUGUCCUGGCUGGGAGAGGUGUGGGUCACCCCAAAGACUAAGGUAACUCCUUUCCAUUUAGGCAUCCCCAUUGCUGGGAGCCUGGGACAAAGCCUGAGGAACUUGGAACCGUUAUUCCUACUCCAUGGGUCUCCUUUCUUGGUGUGGGAAGGGACCUUGAUAGCUCUCCUUGGGGCCCCCAAAUAAACCUGAACCCC